AUGUUCAAGGCCUCUUGUGCGAAAACAAAUAUUCUCAACCUAAUUUAUUCUCCAUUUUCAAAUAUGGCAGAAGAGAAUGCCGAGCCAACCUACAGCUCCCUCGAGCCGACGGACAAGAGAAAAGGAGGAUUCACCGCCGCCAGCUUCAUUUUCGUGUUGCUGGCAUUGGACACCAUGGCAUUCGUCGCAAACAUGUGCAGCUUGGUGCUGUACUUUCUCUACAUGAUGCAUUUGGAUCUGGCGCACUCCGCCAACCUUCUCACAAACUUCAUGGGAUCAACUUACCUCCUCUCCCUUGUUGGAGGCUUCAUUUCGGACACAUACUUGAGCAGAUUCACAACCUGCCUGAUUUUUGGCGCAGUUGAAAUACUGGCUUUGGCGAUGACGACCGUUCAAGCUUACUCAAAGCAUUUGCACCCAAAAGAAACUUGCCUGACAAAGUGUGUCGAAGGCCGUAUCGCUGCCAUGCUCUAUGCUUCUCUGUGCUUGUUAGCACUGGGAACAGGCGGCGUGAGGGGAGCGCUUCCCGCACUUGGUGCUGAUCAGUUUAACAGGAAAGAGGAAGCAAAGUCACUCGCUACAUAUUUCAACUGGUUUAUGCUUAGUACUAUAGUUGGAUCAACUAUUGGUGUCACAGCCAUUGUGACUGUUAGCACCGAAGUAGCUUGGUACUGGGGAUUUUUUAUAUGCACGGUUGCACCCAUUAUCGGGUUUGCUGUUCUUACUAUGGGCAAGCCUUUCUACCGCCUCCAAAUCCCCGGUGACAGCCCCAUCAUUAGAGUCAUUCAGGUUAUCGUUGUAGCGAUAAAAAACAGACAUUUACCGCAGCCUGGGAGCUCUCAUCAGCUGUAUGAGAUCAGUGAAAAGGAAUCAAAUUAUAAUGAAGAAAAAAUUGCACAUACAGAUCAAUUCAGUUACCUAGACAAAGCUGCCAUACUUGGCAAAGACUCCAAGCCCCAACCAUGGAAAGUUUGCACAGUAACACAAGUGGAAGAAGUGAAGGUCCUAACAAGAAUGUUGCCAAUUCUCUUCAGCACCAUCAUCAUGAACACUUGUUUGGCUCAGCUCCAAACAUUUUCAGUCCAACAAGGAAACACCAUGGACCGCCACUUAGGCCGCAUUGAGGUUCCAGCGCCAUCAAUCCCCAUCAUCCCUCUCCUGUUCAUGUCCAUCCUCAUCCCGCUCUACGAGUUCUUCUUCGUCCCCUUCGCGCGAAAAAUCACAAAGCACCCAGCGGGUAUCACGCAGCUUCAGCGUGUCGGGGUUGGACUAGUCCUCUGCGCAAUCUCAAUGACAAUAGCCGGCAUAGUAGAAGUGAAGAGAAAGAACCAAGCCAACAAGGACGUCACAAAGCCGAUAUCCCUCUUCUGGCUUUCGUUCCAAUAUGGUAUUUUCGGCAUUGCUGACAUGUUUACCGUAGUAGGGUUACUUGAAUUCUUCUACAGGGAAGCUCCCACGGGCAUGAAGUCGCUCUCCACUUCAUUCACGUGGAUUUCGUUUUCUUUCGGGUACUUUUUGAGCUCGAUUUUCGUCGCAGUGAUCAAUGGUGUGACGCGAAGAAUUGCACCGAGCAAACUAGGAUGGCUGCAUGGAAAAGACCUAAACAAAAACAAUUUGCAUCUUUUUUACUAUUUUUUGGCAAUCCUUAGCUGCUUCAACUUUGUGAACUAUGUCUAUUGGGCUUCAUGGUACAAGUACAAAGCAGAUGAGGCAGAUUCUAAGCUGCAGCUUAGGGCUUUGAAUCAAACACCUCAGUCACAAUGA